GCCGCUUUCGGCCGUGAUCUCCAGUGCUGCCUUCCCUCGUCCUCGCACCACCAACCAUCAGGCCACCGCGCUAGCCCACCAUCCUGGAGUCCUCUAAUCAUCCCCAAGCCCUGGAGGACGACGAUGAGGGGAAGGGUCAACGCCAGCAAUGAUCAUCCGGACUUCAUCGAGCGAACGUCGUUGUGCUAUUCUCUUGCAGAGCCCGGGAUGGUGAAGCACAGCCACCAGGAUGGCUUCACCGAAGGCCUGCGCCGCCUCUACGCACCCGCCGAGAGCAACGCUUUGGAGCAGCUCGUGCAGUUCAAGACCAACCUCAGGAAAGCGACGACUGACGAGUUCUGGCCACUACUAACCGAGGGCCUCACCGAUAUCACCAGCGCCCAGUAUGGCUUUGUUUCGAAGCGCAUUCUGGUCGACGACAUGCAUAGCGCCGUCGAGAUGCCGCCCAUAGGGGAGCCGGGCGCCUGUCUGAUGGGUGCCGCAUUUUAUAUCAACGACGGACACGGAUUCAAAACUCAUCUGAAAGACUUCAAGUACCACGCCUACUCGUGCCCAUGCGCCUACAUGAAACACGACAAGGUCUUCAUCAUCCCGGAGAGACUAAACGAGUUCAUUGUCGACAACCCAAACGACCUUAAGGUGGCUGGCGAGGCGUAUAUGGGAAUCCCACUGUUUGCUGAUGGAAAGUGCUUUGCCCAUUUUGGUGUCAUGUGGUCUCCAGAAGGCGCUGCCAAUCGAACGCUAGGCUGGGGCUACUUGGAGAUGCUCUUCCACAGCCUUGAGGACAUCAUUCUGGACCGGGUGUUGCAAAGAGACGGUUUUGCCAGACCUCCUCCGUCACCACCGAGCGAAACCGCCGAGAUCCCUACCCCGCGAGUCUUGCCCCACGAAGCCAUCUCCAUCGCCCAAUCACUCAAACCCUACGCCCGAAGUCUAUCCCACGAACUGAGGACCCCAAUGCAAGGCGUUGUGGGUAUGCUAGACGUUAUGCAUGCCACUGUUACCGACCGUCCAUUAGACGACACGAAGCAGAUACGACAGAUGCUGGAGGAACUGAAGGAGAACAUCGAAGCGGUUCAAGACAGUUCCCGGCGCGCCGUAGUAGCAGCGGACAAUGUAGUACAUGCGUACGACAUGAACAUGGGAAUACCCGAGACUCCUCUUUCUGCGCUCGACAACGAUCCGGCAUCCCGGGUGUUGGACGCCAUGAACCACGCAGCCGGCAUGCAGGAGAGCUUGUUGACGACCAAGGGAUAUCUCUUACCGAGCCCUUUGCGAAACAUGAAGAGGAGGAGAGAGUCGACAGCUUGGUCUGCUGGCUCCGUACCGAAAUUCCAGGCGACCACAUCGACCACAUCGAGAACCUCCCCUGAUAGAAAGAUAGACUCGAAAGGCCUUUCAUUUGAUCCCUCCGCUGAUGCUUCGACUGCCCAGGUUGUGCCAGCUCCUUCAUUCGACCGCGAGGAAUUCCCAAAAUCUCCCGUUUUUGCCUCGGAAGAUACCGUUAUUCCCGGACUACGGUAUACUGACCUGCGUGAGGUAAUCCAGUAUGUCAUCACCGACUCUUUGAAAGUUGGAGGGCGUCCUGAAUCUGUGACUUCCCAAGAAUUAAAGGGUGGUGCUAUCAUUGAGGUCAAAACGAAAAGCCCAAGUGGUCAGGAAAACGUGAAGAAUAUCGAAUGGCUAGUAGACGGCGAUGUGCCAGACACUAUCCUCAUUGAUGAAAAAGACCUGGCGAAAACAAUAUCUUGCAUUGUUUUGAAUGCAGUCAAAUUUACUGACGUUGGAACGAUAACUUUGAGAGCAAAACUCAGCCAGAACUCCCGAUAUAUCGUGAUAACUGUGCAAGACACGGGUCCCGGGAUACCUUCCGCAUUCUUGCCGUAUCUUUUUAAACCAUUCUCCCGUGAAGAUGUUUCUCUAAGUCGACAAACUGAAGGACUCGGUCUAGGUUUGAUGGUCGCUAAAGGCUUAGCUCGUAAGCUUGGCGGUGACUUGUAUUGUCUCCGAUCAGAUGUUUCGGGACCAGCGAAAGGCUCCGAAUUUGAAAUGCGGGUACCCCUUCGACCUGGCGAAAUUUGCAGUCGGCCAGGGACGCCAAGCGGCUCGCCGACGACACGGUCGCGAAGGUCUGUGGAUUUGGGCGUGGCUGAACGAAAUUCGAUUCGUCCACCAACACCCCCAAUAAUUCCCGAGAAGAUGAACACGCCCUCUACUCCGAAGAUUGUCGGGCCGCUUCAUCAUCUCCACAUACCAUCGCCGCCCUUACAAAUGGAAUCACCUCGCUCGCGAAAUAUGAACGGCCAUCCUGCCGCGUUCAAAGGGAUAACGAGGUCGACAACCUCCUUCGACAGGAAGCUUUGCGACAAGUACCCUCUAAAUUUCCUAGUAGUCGAAGACAAUAGGAUCAACCGCAACCUCCUUGUUGCGAUGCUCAAAAAGCUGGGAUACAAAGACAUCUCCCAGGCGUAUGAUGGCCAUGAUGCCGUCAACCAAAUGAAGAUCGAACGACAACACGGCAAAGAAAUCGAUGUCAUUCUGAUGGAUUUGUGGAUGCCCUUAAUGGACGGAUAUCAGGCAGCGGAGGAGAUAUUCCGAAUGGGCAAGCAUCCAAUUAUUCUUGCAGUGACCGCGGAUGCCACACACAGCGCGCUCGACCGGGCCGCAAAAGUCGGGAUGAAGGGCUCUUUGUCGAAGCCGUUCAUGAUACUCGAUCUGGAGAAGCUGAUUACCAAAUACUGCGCACAUCGACGAGUGUAUCCGCACAUGGACACAGGAUCAAACCUCCCGGCAGAGAAGCCUCUUCCGGCCAUAUCGUCGGUAUUUGCGCAGCAAAGCACAGUGUAAUAUUUCUUCGCAGGCGUUACGUACGGCAAAAGAUGGACUAGUAAUCUGAGUCUGGCGGGACUCACUGAUAGCAUAGCAUGGGCGAUUCUUGCUACACGA